AUGAGUCAUCAAUUUACAGAUUCUCCAACAGAGGUAACAAAUUUUGAUAGAACAAGCAAUGUAGCUUCAACUAAAUCAUCUCUUGUUACUGUUGAAGUUCAAACUGGCGAAGAAUUCCUUCCAAAAAAAGUCGAUCAAGUUACAACUACCGCAGAUAAUAGAACAGACGUUGCUACUGCAGCUCUUAAGUUAAAGCUUGAAACUGUCGAAGUAAAUCCUCAAGAAAUUCAGAAAUUCCUCGCUAAAGUUACUCCAAUUAUGCUUAAAGAGCUACAACCAAAUCCAGCAUAUCAAUACUUAGAAAAAAGAUCGAGUUCUGGAAAAAUGGAUGUUGUCAAUCAAGUUGAAACUGAUAGUCAAUACACAGUUUCAGAAAUUUGUUGCAAUUGCACAGGAGCAACAUAUGCAGUUGCUCUUAAAAUGCAGAAUCACUAUGGUUUUUGUCGUCAUAGCUCCCAGCUCUUCUUAGUUCCUGCAGCUGGAGGACAGCCGAAGACAUUUCCACUUGAUUCUUGUGCAACAGCUCUUGCCUAUCAUCCUCACUAUCCAGCUAUCAUUGCUAUUGGUCACCAUACCGGAGAAAUUACAAUUAUCAAAUCAGAAGAAGUUUGGGCAACAACAAAAUUAGGCGAGCAACAUACAUCAGAAAUUGUCUCAUUAGAUUGGAUUACAGAAAGAAAUACAGUUACGGCAUUUGUCUCCGCUUCUCUUGAUGGCCUUAUUUGCGUCUGGACUCUUAAAGGACGUAAUACAGCAACAAAAGUUCUCGAACGCGUCUCAACAUCAAAAGUUUUCGAUAAGAAUGGUUCAAUUACUUCACUUGCCGUCAUUCCUGGCUCAUGCGAUGCUUACGUUGGCCUUUUCUCAGGCAUGGUUGUAAGAAUUCCACUUCCUUACGAAUCAAACCUCAUUGCACAUGAAAGACAGUUCUACGAAGGCCAUACGGGUCCUGUUCCUGCUAUUGCCAUCUGUCCUGUUGCCCCUGGUUUGUUCGUUUCCGCUGGUACUGAUGAAUCAAUUCAAUUAAGAAAUGCUGUUUCACGCGCACCGCUUUAUAACAUCGACGCUGCUGGUGGCAGACCAUUAACAGAUAUUAAAUGGAGUCCUUUCUCCCCAAGUAUAUUCGCUGCAAUUGCGGAAGACAAAUUAGUCAUUGUAGACCUCGCAGUUUCUACUUCUAUACCUGUAGCAACACUUGAUAUACAGGGAGCUCAUAAAGUUGCUUGGAACUUGUCCGUUCCAGGAACUUUGGCUGUAGGAACAAAUGAUGGAAAGGUUGCAAUGGUACAUUGCACUGAUGGAACACUUGAUCAGAAACCAGGUGCUAAUAUGGUUGUAGGCGAACUUGAAGCUCAGGCAAAGUUUGCUGAACAAUAA